GCAGGGCUGUAAUGCAUCUCUCACACAUUUCUGUUUGUGUUCCCAGUCUUCAACUUCGUUUACAUUAUGAACAAACAAAAACUUCGUUCAAGUGAAGUUUUCAUCAGUUCAGGGAAUGAUAUAACGUCUUCAUUGCAAAGUUAAUUGACUUUCCCUGGAGCUGCAGGGAAGUUAUUUUUUUUGUUUUUGGCGUCUCUUCUGCGCCGAGCAAGAUUGCGCAUAAAUCGCAGCGCGAGGCGCGCCCGGUGUUGUCGAGACUGGGCGUCAGAGCGCGGGUGAUCGCCACGGGCGUGCUGGGUGUUGUCAUGGUGCUGGUGCUGGUCAUUCUCAUCCCGGUGCUGGUCAGCGCGGCGGGAUCCGACCCGCGCUACGAGAUGCUCGGCGCGUGCCGCAUGGUGUGCGAUCCGUACGGAACGAAGUCUCCAUCAUCAGCACCGACAGACAACCGCUUGGUUCAGUCCCCACCAACUUUCAUUCGCGGUCCGAAAGGAGAGCCAGGGCGCUCGGGACGGAUCGGUCCGAGGGGUCAGCCGGGUCCGCCCGGACCUCCAGGUCCCCCCGGAGUCAUAGGAGAACCGGGGCCACCAGGAUUACCAGGUCCGCCCGGGGUCACCGGUGUCAUAAGCGCGGCGACAUACAGCACCGUGCCCAAAAUCGCCUUCUACGCGGGACUCAAGAAGCAACACGAGGGUUACGAGGUGCUGAAGUUUGACGAUGUGGUCACUAACUUGGGCAAUCACUAUGACCCCUCGAGCGGUAAAUUCACCUGCUCCAUCCCGGGGAUCUACUUUUUCGUGUAUCACGUAUUAAUGAGAGGUGGUGACGGGACCAGCAUGUGGGCCGAUCUGUGCAAGAAUAACCAGGUGCGUGCAAGUGCCAUAGCGCAGGAUGCUGAUCAGAACUAUGACUACGCCAGCAACAGUGUGAUUUUACACCUGGAGCCUGGAGAUGAGAUCUACAUUAAACUAGAUGGAGGCAAAGCGCACGGAGGAAACAACAACAAAUACAGCACGUUUUCAGGCUUCAUGGUCUACGCUGAUUAAUGGCCAUGGCAUGGACUUUGCACUUUCAGAUGUACCUCAUUUUGACAUCACAACGUCACCAGAGUGAGGUUACAAAAAAGUUUAACCCUCAAGCUUGUGACAACUCAUCAACGUCAGAGUGAAGGACAAAAACAACCGAACGUCCAGUGGAGUUACUGAACGAUCAUACAUCUCGCAGCAUGUGAACACAUCCUCUAAACACAAAUUAGUUUUUAGAAAAAUCACUGUGAUUUAGAAAAAAAUCUUACAGCGUAACACUGAUGAUUGUAGUAUAUUUAUUGAGAGAUUAACUGGCCGUGACAGCAGAAAAUCAUUUGACAUCAUUCCAUUCCAUAUGUGCCUACCUUACACACUGACAUAUGGCUGAUCAGAAGAGGCUGUUACAGAGCACCUGCCAUUAGCCCGGAAAUAUAGUUCAGAUGACAUUUCUUUAAUAAUUUCUCAUUCUUCAAACACAAAUUGUCACAUUCAAGCCACAGUUCUGUACCGUUUUAUAUAAAUGCCGUCGUUUAAAAAUAUUAUCACCGUCUGGUAUGUGCAGUGUCAUCAAAAAAUUGUGAAUAAAAUAUAUUGUAUGAUUUGCAUGCGUGUAUAAAUUUGCUAUAAAACUACAAUUUCUACAUAUAUAGUGCAGUACAGCAAUCAACAAAUGCAACUAUGAAAUAACCUCGACUUGAUUACUUCCAAGUAUUGUUGUCGUUUAU